UUUCUGACCGAAAGAAGUUACGUUCAAGAGCACUCGUAAAAUUUUUUCCUAAGCCAUUUCAUCUUUGUAAGGUGCAGUGUGUAUUAUUUUGGAAGUAAGGAAGGCAAAAGUGGUAGCCAGCUAAGUGACAAGACGUGAAGGACCCACAAAGCUACGCGUUGCUAUAGAAACACCUCCGCUAGAUUCCUGAGUCUUCGGUUAAGGUUAUUUCAUUUUUGUGAGAUUAUAAAUGUACCUGGGACAUUACCAAAACUAACUUAAGAAGAAUGGAAGAAGGCCAACUGGAAGUCUCAAGCCUUCCUCCAAAAACUUGGCAUUCUGAGGUGACUGUGUCAGUGACAGGCGAACCACCUAGUGUUGUAGAAGAGGAAGAAACAGCCAAAGAAGCAGACAUAGAUACCAUUCCAGAAGUUAUAGAGCCACUCUCCAUUCUAGAUAUGCUGAGGAUCUCUGCAGUUCUGGAGGAUACCAUAGACCAGCUCUCUAUUCUAAACUAUAUUAUGCCAGUUCAGUGUGAAAGAAGACAAAGUGCCCUCAUGCUGGAGAUUGUUGGAGAAAGCGGCAGCUGCCCCAGUGGAGGUGACCAUGAUGAUGGAGCUGUCUCACGGAGCCAGUACCAGCCAGAGCAUGUUACCCGCUGGCGCUGCGGUGACCACUCACCUUCCUCCAGCCGGCUGCCUGUUGCCCUGCACUGUUGUGGCCUGCGCAGAACCAUGGCUCUGCUCCUAGUGCUUCUGUCCUUAGUGGCAGGUGUGUUGGGGAAUGAGUUUACUAUAUUAAGAUCACCAGAGUAUGUUGUUUUCCGCAACGGAAGUUGGCCUAUACCAGGAGAGCGAAUUCCAGAUGUGGCUGCAUUAGCCAUGGGCUUCUCUGUGAAAGAAGAGCUUUCUUGGCCAGGACUUGCCAUCGGUAACCUGUUUCGUCGUCCUCAAGCUACCAUUAUGGUGAUAGUGAAGGGAAUGGAUAAACUCACUCUACCUCCAGGCAGUGCCAUUUCAUAUCCUUUGGAGAAUGAAGUUCCUUUUAGUCUUGACAAUAUUGCAGAUUCCAUUCACUCCUUAUUUUCUGAAGAAACACCUAUAGUUUUACAGUUGGCUCCCAGUGAGGAAAGAGUAUAUAUGAUGGGGAAGGCAAAUUCAGUUUUUGAAGAUCUUUCAGUCACAUUAGCACAGCUCCACAAUCGCCUGUUUCAAGAAAAUUCUAUUCUUAAUUCACUUCCCGUCAAUUCUCUAAGUGGAAACAAUGAUGUUGAUCUGCUCUUUUUUUCUGAACUGCAAGUUCUGUGUGAUAUUCCAGGUUUGUUGUCUCAACAUAAGCAUCUAGCCAAGGAUCAUUCUCCUGAUUUAUAUGUACUAGAGCUGGCAGGUUUGGAUGAAAUUGGGAAACAUUACGGAGAAGGUUCUGAACAAUUCAGAGAUGCUUCUAAGGUCCUUCUUGAUGUUCUGCGAAAGUUUGCAGAUGACAUGUAUAAUCUUUAUGAUGGGAAUGCAGUGGUAGAACUGGUGACUGUCAGAUCAUUUGACACAUCCUUUGUGAGGAAGACAAGGACUAUCCUUGAGGCAAAACAGCAGGGGAACCCAUCAAGUCCUUAUAAACUUGCAUAUCAAUAUAAUUUUGAGUAUCCUGUGGUUUUCAACAUGAUACUUUGGAUAAUGAUCGCCUUGGCCUUGGCUGUGAUUAUCAUCUCUUACAAUAUUUGGAACAUGGAUCCUGGAUAUGAUAGCAUCAUUUAUAGGAUGACAAAACAGAAGAUUCGAAUGGAUUGAACUUUCCUAAUGCCAAAAUUAGUAAAAGGGUUUGGAAAUUGGCUGAUUUGUGAAAAUAAAUUGUUUAAUGUAAUUUCAAGUAGAUAGUAUUCUUUAAAUUUAAAAAAGAAAACAAAUUGUGUUUUCUAUUUUGUGUGUGCCUGUGAAGUUGUUUUUGAGUAAAGUAUGGUGUUGACAUGAA